AUAAUUAAAACUAAAAUGUGAAUACUCUGGGAGGCGCAAUAUGGUUUUGUAACAACUGCGUUCAGAGAUGACAAAAUAGUUUUACAAUAGUAGGAAACUUGUAUCCCAUUGUUAUUUACACGAUAUUCCGAAUCAUCCCACCAUUAACUGGAAAACUGACAGUAAGCAUGGCCUCUAUAAAAUGUGAUAUCCACGAAGGUGAAGAGAAAUGGAAAGGUCGAGAUUUUCUUACUGCAUUUUAUUCACCAGCCGAUGAAGAUGAAUCAGACCAGGAUAAUGACAAGAACGCUGGAACCGAUUUGCCAUAUUCAUCUUAUUCAUCACCUGCUUUUAAUGUUCCCCCCGAUAACAAACAUAAUGGCCUCCAAAGAAAUCCUGGAUAUUCACUGGUUCGACCCAGAAAAAUGACUCCAGCAAUGUAUAGAAAUGGCAAAUUGACAACACAGUUGACCAGAACACAAAAUAUGUUGACAUCCCCUGUUACCACCAAACUGAUGAGAUUAAAACAUAAGAAUGACCAAACUCCCAAUACGCUUUUACGGAUUGAGAGGCAUCGACAAAAUGAAAGGGUACGUCAUCACACACUGAAUAAGUCUAUGAUGAAUGUUUGCAGUAAGGUGCCAGGGAUUGGAAACUUUAUGAAAGAAACUAAGGUGGUGAUGAUGCAAAGGAUAAUUGCUUAUAUCUGCUAUUUAGAAAAUACAUUACAAAGCGUAUGCGACAACUUGGGAUUCCGAAUUUCACAACUCCGGCUUCCUACGAACCUUCUCACCGAACAAUGGCAGCCAAACUCAGAUAGAUCAAAAGCAAAAGUGUCAACUGUUGGAUAUUCAAAAGCUAGCAGAUUAAGAGUUAACCUAAAGGAAAGCAUUGGUACAUAUGUGAGACCAUAUCGUACACGAAAUAAGUUGCUGAAACGACUAGAACCAAUUUCCAAGCGUCAUCUGAAGGUAUCUUCGCCUACCAUUGACUCCACCACAGAUAAUGCUGCUCUGGAAAUCAACCAGAAUUUGAUAGAAUCUAGUCAUUUUGAACUCCUUCAAGUAAAAGAGGAACCUGUAGACUGCCACAGUGCCAGUGGGACAAUGGACUUUCAGUGUAUCCAGAGGCCAUAUGGAGAAGACAUGGAUGCAUUCCUAGACCAUAAUGCAUGCACUGCACCAUCAACAAUGGAGGACACACCUGCUUACUUUACUGAAGACUUCCUUCCUACAUCAACAACCCUUGACAACUUUCCUGAUGCCUUUGAGUUGAUGUCAAGUCCUCUUGGAGCCAGGUCUAAAUAUGUCUUGCUUAGCCCUAAGGUCAGGGCGAUGGAAAAUCUCACUGACUUUGGAAUUAGAAGUGAUAAAAAAGACUUUGUAGAGCAAUGGGAAAACAUCCAUGAGAUGAGGACCAUCUCCCCAGAAUGUGUUCUCCCAACCACACCAAGCCCCCAUAUCCACUCUACACUCCAUGACAGCUUUGGAUUCAGGACCCUUCACCAGAGGUCAUCUUACCAGUCUCCAAAGGUUGACAUUCUUCGCACACCAGACAAAGAUGUAUUCAAGCUAAAGAAUAAGCGAAAACAGUAUACUCCUCACCGGUCACCAUUCCAUAACCUCACCAACUUUGGCAGCCAGUCCACGAUGGUAUCUACAGACAGUGAAGAAGACGCGCCCGUGUCCCUGGUCCUCCCCCGACACAGGAAGCCGCGUUCUCGUCCUCCUCUCAUCAGGCCAUCCAAAAUUGAUGAAGAUUUUGUCUCCUAUGUACCCUACAUCUGGAAGUUCCACAAUACCGCAAUCACACGCAGACAGAAGGCAGAGGCAGCAAGACUGGAGGCUCAGUUAUUCUCAUCCUCCUCUGCAGACACUUGUCAGUCAGAUCAAACGCAUGAAGAAUUGGCAAUUAGCAGACCAGUUAAAAUUGACCACCGAAAAACAACCUGGAUGAAUGGCUUCAUGAUGUUCAGCAGGCUUAACAGGAGGACGUUUAUUGAUGCCAACCCUGGUAUACACACGUCCCAUAUAAGUAAAAUGAUGGGCCAUGCCUGGAGGAACAUGUCUCCACAGGAACAGCAGCCAUACAAGGAGAAAGCCAAGGACUAUGCUCGUCAUAUACAGCCAAGUGAUGGAAGGGUUCCAUUACAGGACAAGCUAUCCCCAAUACCAGUGAUAUCCAGCAGUGGUCUGAGUGUGUCUCUGGGCAAUAGCAAUGCUGAAAGCGUACCAUGCUCCAUCACCAACUAUGUCAAUAGACAGUAAUGUCAUAGAAAACUAACCAACUACAUCGUACACAUACAAAAUCUAUUAUUACAUUACUUUGCAUCAAUAGAUUAGCAAGGCAAAUCCACCAUCAGACAUAUUUUGUGAUAAUAUUUAACAUAAAGUCUUUGUAUUUAUGUAGGUCUGUAUACACCCUGAAAAAGUCUUUCAGUUAGUGUUUUUGACAACAUACCUGGUAUUGAUGAAUUCAAUCAAAAAGUAAGUUAUUAUAAUGUGAAUUUUUACUAAUGAUUCAUGUUCUGUAUUUUGAAUACAUUCAUACAGAUAUUUUUUUCACAAGUAUGAAGAGUACAUUAUGUGAGAGAUAUAUACUCCUAACCAUAGGAAACCAUAGCAUUUUUUAUUGGUUUAACAUCCCAGAAAAGGUGCGGUGGAGAUAAUCCAGAUUGCAAUGGCAGCAUGGUCAUUGAGCUGAUUAGUGUUAAUUUUGACAUCAUAGUUUUGCAUUUUUAUGUCAUGAUCAAUUAAAUGAUUCACUCUACUAAAGCUAUCAUCUAUUAAACAUACAUUUCACUGGUAAAAUCAUGGUGAGUGACAAAGAUGAAUGUAGUAGGCCUGCAGAUUUAUUGAAGGUCCAUACAAAAUGUAUAUCUUGGAGUAUGAAUGGCAUAACCAUAUUUUUUGGGCUCAAUUGAACAAUCUAUAUAGUACAAAACCCAUAUGAUUGCUUCUUUAUGUAUCACUGACACAACCGUGAAUUACAAAUGUUGCUUCUAUAAUAGAAUAGUACAGUACAUGUAUGUUAUUUAACUGUGACAAACCACAAACAAUGCUUUCUUACAUUUGGAUUAAAUUUAUAUGAUUGAAAGCCCAGAACUUCAUAUGUAAGUCAGCAAUUCUUCUUCUGUUAUAAAUAUAUGCCUUUAAAUAUUGGUACUUUGUAAAUUGAAAGUAAUAUUUCUUGAAUAAUUUUGAAAUCUGUCUUCAAAAUCUUUCAUGCAAAGUCACCUGAUUUUAGUAUUUGUCAUUCUACUCUUUUCAAAACAAGUUGCUUACAAUCAUAGCGUUUGUGGAAUUGACAGACUAUCAUGUGUAUAUAGAUUGCGAAAUUCCUUCUGAAGCCUUUAAGGGAUUAAUACCUGUGGAAUAAACUUAUUCAUUUCUAGGAAAUAAAACAGUGUAUACUGUAAAAGAGGAAAUUCUCGGCUGUGGAAAUAUUUGUGUUGCGACUCUUCAAACUGAUUGUGGUGUGGAAACUUUUACGUUGUUGAUGGCUCUGAAACCUAUAUAUAAUACAUCUAUAACCUUCAUAUACCUAUAUAUAUGGUAUGUUUGUAUUUUCACGCUAAUUUACUCUAAAAAAUGUGAGCAUUUCCAGCCCGCAAUAAUUUCCACUUUUACAGUACUGUAAAUUACUGUAUUGUCGCAUGUACUUAUUUAGCAAACAGUUGUCCGAACUAUGCCUGUAGGUUCCAAUCACAAUUAAAUACUUGAAUUCACGAGGUAGGGGAUGCUAGUUCAAUAUAAAUACAAUGAAGUAGUAAUCCAUGGAAUAAAUAUUGGCAGAAGAUUUUAAUUUCCGAAUGAGUCUUGCUGCAAUUUGAUGCAACAGUUAAUCUUUUGUAGAAAUAUUGUGGUUUAUGUAGGUAGUAAUUAGUGUCCAUAUCAUGACAGUACAUUUCAUACUUAAAUUUCUCUUGGAUAUUAUUUAUGCAUAAAUGUGUUUUUGAACAGUGUAUAUUUUAAAGUUAUUUUGUUUCUGUCACCUUUUCUGUAUAGCAUUUGUGACACUUUCCCCAUGUAUGAUGUAACACUUAGGAACAGUGCAAUACCACAAUAAGAUGUAAUGAAUGUAGGUGACAGUGAAGGUGUAUUUUAUUGAAAUGAUCCCCUCAGACACUCGAUGAAUUUACUGUGCAGGAGGUCAAUUAUUGCGUGUCAUAUCAUGUAAAUGUAUCGGUAUCAGAAUCAUAUAGUUUAACCUUUAGUUUCACAUUUGUUCUUGAGUAGAAAAACCAUGCAUUGUAUUACUAGUUAUAGUAUUGCAAAAUCAGAAUAUGUUGUGAUGGCCUUGGGCCAGAUUGUUUUUCUUCGUUCCAUAUUUAGCUAUACGAAUAAUGUACAGAGCAGAUGCACUUGAUACUCAGUAGUCAUAAUUCUCAAAGUGUCCAUUAGAACCUUGAUAACCCUGCAGUUCCUCCAAAGUAAUUCAAGAGUUUCUGAGUGCCAUGGACAGAGAAAAAAAAAUGUUGGGUUUUGUUGCUUUUACUUUUUUUCAAUUUCAUAUCUAAAUCCUGGAUACUUUUUUAUAUACAUUUAAAUGUAUAGAUGUACAUAUAUGUACAUAUAUGUAAAUAACAAGUUUAUGAAUAAUGCCAUCAGAAAUUUUAUCACAUAUUUUGGCCUAUCCUUGAAAAAUUGUUUGUUUGCAGUUUCCCCAACCAACUCACUUCAAAGUGCACCUAAUUUUUGGGGGCUUUUGGUAAAAAAUCAAAUUCUUGCUAAGACAUCACAGAAACUUACCGUUUGUAUAUAAAGAAAUAUGAGAUGUCGUUUAUUUUAAGGAUAGCUUUAGAUGUUUUUUUUAGGUACAUGUGAUAGUAUCAGUCACUGAUUUUUACCACAUUGUAUUCUGGGACCUAAUACCAUACUAUUAAAUGUAAGUUACAGUUCUAUUUCAUAUUAACCAACACGUAUUUCUAAAUACAUGGUUCUGUGCAGAGCUAAUGUACUUUUAUAAUUUGUCUCGUCAGAUACCAGGUAACUUUCUAACACUAUAUAAAGAGACAUGCUUAUCACCCUACACUUCAAUUAGUCCUGUCUUUACCAUAGAGUUUAGUAAGAUUUUGAUCAUGUUCAGUUCAUGUAUUUUUUUUAUCUAUUUCAUUCACAAAUAAACUGUAUGA